ACUCAUUACUAUGCAACCCACACAAGGAAACCCUGAAACAAAGCAAAGCAAGGGACAAGAGCAUUGUAGAAGAAGCCACAAGCUCUGCUUGCUUGCUUGCUUGCCUCGUUCAUCGUCGUCGUCGUCGUUGUCGAUCCAUAGUUGGGUUGCAGGGUUGUUUGCAAGUGUGGUGUUGGGCGCGGAGGAUGAGUGAGUAUGGGAGGCGAGCGGUGUCGGAUGAUUAUCAACUGGGGCAAGUUUUAGGAACUGGGGGGUUUUCGGUGGUGCGGAUCGGUGUUCGCAAGGAGGACAGGCUCCAGGUUGCGAUCAAGACACUGAAGAAGUAUGGCUAUGGAACGGGAAAAGGGAAAAGGAAAGGGAAGGGCCACGCGGGUUCAGAGGCGAGGAUGUGGCAAGCGGAGGCUCUCGUGACGAACGAGAUUCUAGUGAUGAUGCGCAUCGUCGACUAUGUGUCGCCGCAUCCGAACAUAAUUCAUCUGUUAGAUGUGUACGAAGACGACGACGCGGUGCAUUUGGUUUUAGAGCUGUGCAGGGGAGGUGAGCUCUUUGAUCGCAUUGUGGAACAGGAGCGGUACUCCGAGAGAGAUGCUGCGACUGUGGUGGGGCAGAUUGCGGCAGGACUUGCCGCGCUGCAUCACUGUGGAAUUGUGCACCGAGACCUUAAGCCUGAGAAUUGUUUGUAUGCGGAUCCGCAUCCAGAAGCUCCGCUCAAGAUCAUGGACUUCGGUUUGAGUCACAUUCACAAUGUGACAAAUGCCGUUGUGGGAGUCUUUGGCUCCAUGGAUUACAUGGCCCCUGAGCAACUCAACAUGUCCGGAACGAUGCCUGCCAAUGACAGGUGGUCGCUCGGCGUCAUCCUUUAUAUUCUUCUCUGCGGGUAUCCACCAUUUCGUGCUAAGACUACUCGGGACAAGCAAAGACGGAUCCUAACGGGGGCAUAUAGUAUGGAAGAAGAAAGUUGGGGAUGCAUCUCUUUGGAAGCUAAGGAGCUCAUCAGGGGACUGUUGUCGGUAGAUCCGUUUGUUCGUCCUUCUGCUGCGGAGUUAUUGUCACACCCAUGGGUGUCAGGUGAGUCAGCAACAAGGGAGCUGAUCCACGAAGCUGUAUUCAUACGUUUCCAAGCUUUCAAUGCUCGACGCAAGUUUCGCGCUGCAGCCUAUGCCAGCAUUGUUAGAACCAAGUUUCAGCUGCGAACCAAAUAUUUGAAGGAGCUUAUUGGAGAUUGUAUUCUUACUGGUGCUGAGUUGGAAGAUUUCACAUCAAAUGGACGGACCGCUACCCUUGAAGAAUUUCAGCACAUUUUGUGCUCAAUGGACUUGCAGGGCCUGAUGCCACUUGUUUCUCGCAUCUUUGAACUGUUUGAUAGCAACCACGAUGGCUGGAUAGAUUUGCGUGAAGUAAUGUGUGGAUUCUCUCUUUUGCGAACCUCACACGCGGGGGAGGUCUUAAGAUUAUGCUCCAGGAUGUAUGACUACGAUGAUUCGGGCUACAUUUCAAAGGACGAACUCGCUCUUGUUCUUGGAGCAUUACCAGAAGACUACUUGCCACCAGAUAUCAGUGAAGUGGGAAUGGACGAGAUAUUUGAGCAUAUUGAUACCGACUGUGAUGGCCGCAUCAGCUAUCAAGAAUUCGAGCAAGCUCUCUGUUUACAGGACGCUAUCAUGAAUAAAUUCCGCAUCCCAGAGAACAGAGAGGUGAACUGACUAUAGCCUGCUCAAAAUAUGCAGUCAUAUUGAAUAUGACUGAACAAAUGUGAAUUACCUGAACAUACAAUUUUUGGUGCACCUGCACAAAAUUUGGUAGACAUUUGAAUGUCAUGAAAAAGGUUUGCUGCCUAAACUUAUCGUAACUGGAUAAAUUUCGAAAGUCCUGCAAUGUACAGAACGUCAAAUAAUCUGUCUGAAUCAACUUAACUUUAUGCCUAACUUCGGACA